AGCCUGUUUAGUUCAUGGGAGAACUGAAGGAGGAGGUUGCUCCUGUUCGGCUGGCCUUCCCUCCCCAGCAAACCUCCACCACUGGAUCCCGAUGAGCUAACUUCCCAGGAAUGUAGCAAUUACAGCCUUCUCAGGUGGAGAGGCGGCUGCCCGCCAAAGGCACGCCUUAUUUGCUGGUAGAGCGAGGAAGAGAAGGUAUUGUUGGAUACACCUCCUAGAAGAGGAGCGAUGGCCUACCAAAGCCAUCGGAGGCUCUCCAUGCCUGCCCAGGUUGGAGCAGGCGGGAUGUCUCCAGAUCUUAACUUCUGGGGAAAAGAGGAAGCGAAGAGGAUCUUCUGCUCCCAGGACAGUGUGAAAAUACUAAGAUUAACUCUCCAGAAUGAUCUCCCCGGCGACAGACGCGAUCAAGUGAAACAAAAGCCAGUGGGCAGAGCCUUUGCCAUGGUGGCCAACCGGCCCACGAGCAACCACUCCUUGGCUUCGGAAUGCAUCAAGUUCAACGAUGGCAAUGAGGAGAUCAUCAAGGUGUACCUAAAAGCACGGGCCGACGACAGAGCCAGACACGAAAAGAGCCUCCAUCAGCUGAAAAGUGACAGCUCUCAUCUCCAAGAGCUACCGUCGGAAAAAACGAAUGGCGUCCAUCCAUACAGAACUGCCUCCUACCGAAGCAUGUCCGUAAGCCAGGAGGAGCCGACCUAUCCGAGCGAAGACAUCACGAUCAUGCGCGAGACAACCAAGCGGCUCUUCUCGAAGCUCCAGGAGGCCGAGAAGCGACACCAGUCAGACAGAGCCGCCUAUGAGACAUCCAUCUCCCACUACCGGCGGGAAGCAGAGCAGUCGGGCACAGCGCUCAAGAGGGCGGAGGUGGAGAUGGAAGAAAAGGACCUGAAACUGGAGGAAUUACAGCGGCUUCUGACGGGGAUGGAGAAGGAGCACCAGGCCCUGCUGCAGAAGAUGAAAGACGGCGAGUUGGAGCUGGAGGCCCUGAGGGAUCUUGAGAGAGACAAGCUGGCUGAACAGGAAAGGUCAGCCAAACUAGAGAAGGAGGUUGCCACCUUGCGGGAGAAAAUCCACCACCUGGAUGACAUGCUGAAGAGCCAGCAACGCAAAGUCCGGCAGAUGAUUGAGCAGCUUCAGAACUCCAAAACUGUGAUCCAGUCCAAGGACGCCAUUAUCCAGGAACUGAAAGAGCGUGUGUCCUACCUGGAAGCUGAGAACCUGGAGAUGCAUGAUCGCAUGGAGCAUCUCAUUGAGAAGCAGAUCAACCCCGGGGGCCAGAGCACCAGACCCCGCUCCAAAUCCGAGUAUGUCAGCAGCAAACGGCCCACCAGGUCUUUGGGCCCCAAACCGUUGCCUCUCAUCCGAGUGGUAGAGACAUGAACUGGCUCUCGCCGCUGCCUCCCCCACAAAGAAGCCCACCAUGACUCGCAGAGCCAGCUGCUUUCGCUCCACCACUUCUUGAUGUUUUCCCCCAAAGACAAGCGACUCCCCCUGGCAUGGUGCAGCGCCACCAGCAGGGUCUCCCUUUUGGCCAAAGAGAAGCCAACAGACUUUGGGACUGUGGGGGCAUGAGAUUGUACAAAAGAGGGAUCCACAACGCUCUUUCCCCAAAGGCUGGGAGAAGAACCCUUUCUCUUAAUAUCCUUGCAAUAAAACUAGCCCGUUAGCGGAACAGUGCCUUUAAGUUUCCCCCUUCCCCUUUGAAUUUGGGUAACUUGCUCUGUUUAGUGCAGCAGGGUAUAAAAUUUGUCCAGAGACAAACGGGUAUUCCUGUUGGGGAAUACUUUCUCGGGCUUAGUGCUUUCUAAAGGCCUUUUGGACUGGGCCGGAGAGGCAAAGAAUUCUCUCUCUCUCUCCCCCAGCCUAGCAUUUGUCUGAAUCAGUAGUGUGCCCCACAUUGCUCUGUGGGUCCCAUUUAGAACCCAGCCAGCCGCUAUCUGAACUCACCCUGCUUUGGGUUGUGUUUCAGAGUCACACCGGGGUGUCAUGGGACUACGGUGCAUAGACUAGAACUUAGCAUUGUGUAUAUAUGAAUGCGACCUUACUGAGGAGUGUACAGAGACAGGCGGGACAUUCUGGCUGAAUUUUUCAGAGCGAAAUUCUGGGGCAGAGGUACCAGGGUGCCCGAGGCAAGCCGAUCGCUCUUCAGCUAAAGGAUCUCCAAUCGCAAAGCCGGCAGAGAACUCUCUUAACCCUGGCGCAUCUCCUCUCGUCAGUGCGUAUGGUACGAAGCUAGAUGGACCAAGGUCUCGAUUGAGUUGAAGGUACCUGCAUUAGCUUCAUGUGCUCCCACUUGACUGUAGCCAUGCCCCAAACGAAUCCUUCCUUUGAAAAAUAUCUGGACAGGCAAGCAGCUGUAGAAACAGAAGGCUGAAGAAUUGCAGUGUGGUGGGACAGGGAAACGCUUCAUUCCUUUCAUGUUGCGCCUUUGCAGCUGAGAGAGAGGCUGUGAACGUCUUCACUAAAGAUGCUUCAGACCUCUUCAGGGGCUUAUAUUUAUUCUGUAAGUUAUUGGGCUAGUCCACAUGAUCGGAAUCCAGACAGCAGGAGGAGGGUCCAGCCAGGGUAAGAGAACUGGGUGUGCCUCUGAUUGGCAGUCGUAGGGACCCCAAGAUGAAGGGAGGAGGAGGGAGAGCAAGGCAGGAGCCGAAUUGGAUGGCUUUCCGCCCACCCUCGGUAAAAUGUUGGGUAGAAAAUCUGAGGACGGCUUGUCCAUAUGACUCGGCUCCGCCUUGCCUCUGAUCACUCUCCCCACCUCUUACCUGGGUUUUUCUCAUGUGAACUGGCCUCUUGAAUAGCAAUAAUUGCUUAGGAAUAACUACCACGGUGCGUGAUCUCAAUCGGCCUUGCUGUGUGUGAGGCUGUCUCCUCUGUCCAGGGUUAAGGAAUCCCCCCGGUUUAUCCAGCAUGGCUUGUCUUUUGGUUAACUUUACAGUAUCAAAAUCUGCGCCUCUUGCAUCCACAUCAGAGGGCAGGAAAAGCUUUUGGCUUUUUGGAUAAUUUCUGGCAUGCUGAGCGGCAUAGCUGUGCGGAAGUGAAAACGAGGGCGUUGUAAAACCAGAUGGGAACCCCGUCAGCCUUAAAUGUGUCUGGGUCCAAAUGUUCUGAAUGUACAGUAUAUAGCUGGUUUAAAUAAAAUUAAAGUCCAAAAAAAA